AUGUCUGCAUGCUGGUCGAUCAUCUCAUUCGCAUUGGAAACGGCAGACCCACUUGCCGUCGACAUGUUCUUCCUCAAGACGACGGUGGAUAAUGUUGAGUUGAGGUCCGAGGGGCUGUCUACUCCCUACGGAGUACAAUAUCGCCGGCUGAUUGAUAUACAUUACUUGCUUCCAAAGGGGGUUUCUUAUAAAUGGGGACUGCCCCUGGUCAAACCCUGUCUUUACUACCUACUUAUCUUUUCUUCUUUCUUCACCUACUUUUCCCUAGUCCUUCUUUUCCAAUCAGGGCCACUCUUUCACUGCCCUUUCUGUCAUUCUUUCAACCUGUCCUAG